CAAGAAGAGAGAGAGAGAGAGACAGAGACAGAGCGAGAGAAAGGGGAACGGAUUUCGGGUUCCGGAGUUGAAGCGGCGGCCGGCGGGCAGUUUUGGCGCCAUAAAUGAGGAGAAAGAAGCUUUUCCCUGUAGUUGCUGAUUGGCUUUUGGAUUCUUAGCGACUUCUUCUUCUUCUUCUUCUUCCUCUUCUUCUCUGGUUUUCUAUGGCCUAUGCUUCGGCCGCUGGGUCGGUCGAAGGGAUCUAUGAAGAGUUAUGGAGGGCGUGCGCUGGACCGCUGGUGGAGAUCCCGCGAGUCGGCGAGAGGGUGUUUUACUUCCCUCAAGGUCAUAUGGAACAGUUGGAGGCAACGAUGAACCAUGAGUUGAAUCAGCAGGUUCCCAUGUUCAAGCUUCCAACUAAAAUCCUUUGCCGUGUUGUUCACAUUCAAUUGAAGGCCGAGUCUGAGACAGAUGAGGUCUAUGCUCAAAUUACAUUGCUCCCAGAACCAGAUCAAAAUGAACUUAAGAGCCCUGACCCAUGUCAACCUGAGCCUCCAAGGCCUGGGGUUUCCUCAUUCUAUAAGAUUUUGACGGCCUCUGACACAAGCACACAUGGUGGGUUCUCUGUUCGUCGGAGACAUGCCAAUGAUUGCCUUCCUCCACUAGAUAUGUCACAACCAAUCCCGAAUCAGGAGCUGAUUGCCAAGGAUUUGCAUGGCUUUGAAUGGCGAUUCAAACAUAUAUUCAGAGGGCAACCACGAAGGCAUUUGCUGACAACUGGCUGGAGUACAUUUGUAACAUCUAAGAGAUUGGUUGCUGGUGAUGUAUUCAUAUUUAUGAGAGGGGAGAAUGGAGAAUUACGUGUUGGGCUAAGGCGGCUUGCUCGUCAGCAGAGUACGAUCCCGUCCUCUGUGAUAUCAAGUCAGAGCAUGCACCUUGGCGUGCUUGCCACUGCAUCUCAUGCUGUUUCAACUCAAUCCCUUUUCACGGUUUACUACAAGCCAAGAACAAGCCAAUUCAUUGUGAGCGUGAAUAAAUAUUACAAGGCAGUCAAUAAUGGAUUAAAGAUUGGCAUGCGGUUCAAGAUGAAGUUUGAAGGGGAUGAUGUUCCAGAGAAAAGUUUUGCAGGCACUAUAAUAGGAAUUGGAGACAUUUCUCCUCAUUGGGGAGGUUCCAAGUGGAGGUCACUGAAGGUUCAAUGGGAUGAACACACUAAUAUUCGGAGACCAGAUAGAAUUUCCCCUUGGGAUGUAGAACUUCUCAAUGCCUCUGUGCCAGUUACCAAGGUUACAGAACCAGUGCCUGCAAAGAAUAAGAGAUCACACUCAAUGAUUGAUCUCCGAGCCCUUGUUAGACAAGGUACGCUCAAGGAUAGAUCUCCUGAGCAUCCUACUGAACCAUUAUGGUUUCCUGGAGGAACGCAGCCAAGACAUGAUUUAGCCUCCGUUUGCAGUACCAAUACUCCAUCUGGUGAAAAACAAACUCUGUCUCCUUACAAGCAGGAAGAGAACAGGAGCAAUAGGAUCAUGAAUAGCCUAAGUUCUUACAACUCAGGAGAGUGCAAUGCUUGGUCGGUCGGUCUUAACUCUCCUUUGAAGAGCCCAUCGUCAUCUGUUCUUACAGAUGCUUCUCCAAAGGAGGUUCAAGACGGCAAUGAUCUUAAGGCCACACUCCCAUCAUGGCUAUGGGCUUCCAGCAGCUGUUUAACUGAGGACUCCUUGUUGAAACAGAACAACAUGGAGAGAGGAAAGAAUCCUGAAGUGAGUAAUGGUUGCAGACUUUUUGGGUUCGAACUAGUUCAGACUGCCAGUUCAACAGCUCCUGUUGAGAAGGUAACAGCUGGUCUGAUCAGCGCCCCAGGUACCACUAAUGAGCAUCCUGCUGUGGUUAUCUCUAAUUCUUUCAAGGACUCAUCGACCAAUUCAGUGCUUGCGAAUGUUGCAAAGCAGCAGAAACAUGCACCACAGAUAUCACCGAAUGAGUGUCUGAGCCGGCAGAGCUUGUAUACAAGGAGCCGCACAAAGGUUCACAUGCAAGGCAUAGCUGUUGGUCGAGCCAUAGAUCUCACAAACCUUGAAGGUUACAAUGAACUCAUAAUGGAGCUAGAAGAGAUGUUCGACAUCAAAGGAGAGCUACGCAAUCGGGAUAAAUGGGAAGUGGUCUUCACUGACAAUGAAGAUGAUAUGAUGCUCGUUGGUGAUGACCCAUGGCCGGAAUUCUGCAAGAUGGUGAAGAAGAUAUUCAUUUAUGGGAGCGAAGAGGUGAAGAAGAUGAGACCCGGGAGCAAACUUCCAGCUGCUAUCACCGCGGAAGGAGGGUAACUGGCCGCCUUGACAAAAUAAACAAAUGUAGAUCAGGGUGGUAAGAAGCUUUGCUUUUCUUUGUGCAUGGAAGCCAGCAAGAGCAACUGAUUUGUAAUACAUGUUACAGAGUCUGAUAUGUUUUGCGCAACCGAAGUUGCAUGAUAAAAAAUCACAUUGGAUGAUUACAGAACAGUUAGUUCAUAUUUGUGAAAAGAAGUGUGAAAAAUAACACAAAGAAUCUCAUUUGCUCAUUUGAAUUGGAACCGAUAUGUCUUGGAAUUCUAUAUAACUCACAAUCAGCUUGUUUGUUCUA